AUGUUUUCAACUGGCGCUGGCUCUCAUCCAUACUCAAUCGUUGUUGGCCAUUUCAAUGAGGACAGAUUUAUUGACAUAGCUAUCGCUAGCUCCGGAACUCAUGAAGUAGGCGUACUUCUGAACAAUGGCAAUAGAACUUUUGCUAAUCAAGCCAACUAUUCCAUCGGUUCCGCUUCUCCGUAUGCGAUAGGCAUUGGAGACUUCAACGAAGACAAUCGAUUAGACAUUGUCAUCACUAACAACGGCAAUGAGAAUAUAGCUAUACUUCUUGGUUAUGGGAAUGGCAAAUUUAACGAACCAAUUCCUUAUUCAACUGGAUCUUCUUCUUCGAUUUCAGUCGCAAUAGGUGAUCUCAACAAGGACCAUCGAUUAGAUAUUGUCGUCGUGAACAAUGAUACUGGUAGCAUAGAUAUUCUCCUUGAUCAUUUUGAAGGUUUUUUAAAUCAAACAAGAUAUCCAGUUGGCUCUAAUCCACAAUCUGUAGCUGUUGGUGAUUUUAACAGUGACACUCGACUAGAUAUCGUUGUUGCCAAUUCGGGUAGCAAUGAUGUGAGUGUCCUUCUUCGAUAUGGAGAUGAUUAUUUUGAAGAAGAAACAAGAUAUUUAGUUGGCUCUCCUCCACUAUCUGUAGCAGUUGGUGAUUUCAACGAUGACAUUCGACUAGAUAUCGUUGUUGCCAAUUCGAUUAGCAAUGAUGUGAGUGUCCUUGUUGGAUAUGGGAAUGGUUCUUUUGCAAAAGAAACAAAAUAUUCAGUUGGCUCUUCUCCAUCAUCUGUAGCUGUUGGUGAUUUCAACAAUGACACUCGACUAGAUAUCGUUGUUGCCAAUCUUUAUAGCAAUGAUGUGAGUGUCCUUCUUGGAUAUGGAAAUGGUUCUUUUGUAGAACAAACAAGAUAUUCAGUUGGCUCUAAUCCACAAUCUGUAGCUGUUGGUGAUUUUAACAGUGACACUCGAAUAGAUAUCGUUGUUGCCAAUGCGGGUAGCAAUGAUGUGAGUGUCCUUCUUGGAUAUGGAAAUGGUUCUUUUGGAAAAGAAACAAGAUAUUCAGUUGGCCCUUCUCCAUCAUCUGUAGCUGUUGGUGAUUUCAACAAUGACGCUCGGCUAGAUAUCGUUGUCGUCAACUGGGAUAGCGAUGAUGUGAGUGUCCUUCUUGGAUAUGGAAAUGGUUCUUUCGGAAAAGAAACAAGAUAUUCUGUUGGCCCUUCUCCAUCAUCUGUAGCUGUUGGUGAUUUCAACAAUGACACUCGACUAGAUAUCGUUGUUGCCAAUGGGGACAGCACUGAUGUGAGUGUCCUUCUUGGAUAUGGGAAUGGUUCAUUUGCAAAAGAAACAAGUUAUUUAGUUGGCACUUAUCCACAAUCUUUAGCUGUUGGUGAUUUCAACAAUGACACUCGACUAGAUAUCGUUGUUGCCAACAGGAACAGCAUUGAUGUGAGUAUCCUUCUUGGAUAUGGGAAUGGUUCUUUUGCAGAACAAAUAAGAUAUUCAGUUGGUUCUUGGCCAUCAUCUGUAGCUAUUGGUGAUUUCAACAAUGACACUCGACUAGAUAUCGUUGUUGCCAAUUAUUAUAGCAAUGAUGUUAGUGUCCUGCUACAAUAUGGAGCGAUAGCAUAUGAAAUAGCCUAUGCAUCUGGCGGUGGAUCUAGCCUACGGUGUGUAGUGAUUGGUGAUUUGAAUAACGACACUAAUGUGGAUAUCGUGUUGGCUAAUUACGGCACUAAUAAUGUAGGUAUCCUUUUUGGAUAUGGAAAUGGUAAUUUCGAAAAUCAAAUGAUGCUUAGCACUGGCUCAAUUUCUCAUCCGAUUUCGAUUGCUAUUGACGACUUCAAUGGCGACAGUGUAGUGGACAUCGCUGUAGUCAAUUAUGGUACAAAGGAUGUUGGGAUGAUCCUUGGAAAUGGGAACGGAACGUUUGCAAAUGAAACAACUGAAGGAGUUAGUUUCGAUUCACGUCCAUUAGCCGUGGCUUCUGGUGAUUUUAAUAAUGACAAACGAUCGGAAAUCGUUAUCGCUUACAAUGGACGGGAUAAUGUGGAUAUCUUUCUUGCAUACAAUCGCGGUUCUUUUGUAAGAGAACCAAGAUAUUCAGUUGGCUCUUUACCAUAUUCUGUAGCUGUUGGUGAUUUCAACAAUGACACUCGACUAGAUAUCGUUGUUGCCAAUCUUUAUAGCAAUGAUGCGAGUGUCCUUCUUGGAUAUGGAAAUGGUUCUUUUGCAGAACAAACAAGAUAUUCAGUUGGCUCUAAUCCACAAUCUUUAGCUGUUGGUGAUUUCAACAAUGACACUCGACUAGAUAUCGUUGUUGCCAAUUUGGAUAGCCAUGAUGUGAGCGUCCUGCUUGGAUAUGGAAAUGGUUCUUUUGCAGAACAAACAAGAUAUUCAGUUGGCUCUAAUCCACGAUCUUUAGCUGUUGGUGAUUUCAACAAUGACACUCGACUAGAUAUCGUUGUCGCCUAUUAUGGUGGCAAUCAUGUGAGUGUCCUUCUUGGAUAUGGAAAUGGUUCUUUUGGAAAAGAAACAAGAUAUUCAGUUGGCUCUAAUACACAAUCUUUAGCUGUUGGUGAUUUCAACAAUGACACUCGACUAGAUAUUGUUGUUGCCAAUGGAGAUAGCAGUGAUGUGAGUGUUCUUCUUGGAUAUGGGAAUGGUUCUUUUGCAGAACAAACAAGAUAUUCAGUUGGCACUUAUCCAGAAUCUUUAGCUAUUGAUAUCAAUGAAUGUGUUGAGGCUCCAAGUGUUUGCCAACAAUUUUGCGAGAAUAUAUCAGGUUCUUAUAUAUGUAAAUAUGCAUGUGGUUAUGAGAAAGAUCUUGAUGGACGUAGUGAUCGACAAGCUAGUAAAAUUUAUCGAAUGAAUUUCAAUGGAACACAAUCAACAGUUAUAAUAGAAGAUAAUCAAACACAUUUUCUACGAGCAUUAGCUAUUGAUUGGAUUUGA